AUGAUAAGGCUUAAUAAAACUUAUUCUUAUUGGCAUUAUAAAGCAUGGCAAAGAGCAACAGCUGGCUAUCUAAGAACUUUUCUUAAAAACAAUCUUGCUAAUAAGGAAAUGAUUGGAUAUGUAAUUAAUGACAAGCACCCCAAAAGUAUCAGAGUAGCUUGCGAUAGAUAUAUGUACGUUGUGAGAUACAAAAAAACCUUCAGAUAUACAAAAAAAAUAUGGGCCCAUGACGAAAAAAGUGAAGCCAAACUUGGUGACGUCGUGCGCAUUCAACCACUAGGGUAUAGAAUUGGACCUUGGAAAAAUUAUAUCCUUGUAAAAAUUUUAUACAAGGAAAAUAAAGAUUAA